CACUCUCAGGCAUCAUCAUGCUCAAAUACAAGAUCAUGUUCUACAACAGUCGAGCCAAACAACUGCACUAAACAUGGCAAGAUACAGGAAGGAAGUGAGCCGUUUGUUAUGUACCAAAAGUUAUAGUGUUGCUUGUGCUCACUUAUAGAAAAACUUAUUCUUCACAUGUAGUCGUUAUUGAUGGUAUAACAACAAUUUUAACAUAUUUUAAAUCCACUUUGAACCCGUUUCCUUUCUGCUGGAAAGUCAAAGAAGUAAGACAAGCAGUAAAGUAG